AUGUCAGAACGCAUCAAACGCCGCAAAUUAAACCCCGACUCAGAAUCAUCACCAAAUCCCACCCCAGAACCAUCAUCAAACCACGACCCAGAAACCCUCCCAAACAUAGAGCACAUCCCCGAGAAAAUCCUCCUCCAAAUCAUCGCCCAUCUCCCCGGCCUUGACACCCUCUGGAACCUUCUCACCGCAUCACCUCGCUCCCUCCGCCUCUUCAACGCCCAAGCACUCAUCAUCAUUGAAAACAUCUUCUCCAGCCCGAAUUCCAUUCUGCCGCCGAAAAUCCAGGAAAUCAUCCGCGCUGUCAUUCUCACGCGAGCCGGUGCUCUUCCGUUCAAGAGUCGCGAUGAGUUACGCUACCAGUUUAUACACCACAAAGUACCUAUGCGUACAAUCAAGGACAAGACAUGCAUCUCUUUUGGUCCCGAUCGUUUAAUAGCCGCGGAUAUACCUGUGUCAAUUCUUCGAUCCGUCGUUGCAACGGCGCACCACAUAUCAGCUCUUACGCAUGCUUGUCUAUCAUUCUACCUCGGACAAGUCUACAACCCGAGUAUUUUCGCACCGCAACAUGCACAAACUCCACUACCUCUAUACAAAAUAAGAGGCUCCAAUCCUCCCGAGAACGACAAAACCCCAGCUUGGCACCAAGUAUUCGUUGGAACGCCUUACACAGUGGUUAAUGCAGGACCACCAAGCUGGGUAGAAGAAAUGCGUGCAACACGCGCCAUGUGGCUCAUCCAAUUAGUAGGAGAUGUACGCUCCUUCGUAUUCUUCAACUUUAGCACAUCAGGCUGGUCCUACGAUGACAUCAACUCGACAUUCCCAACAUGGGCCGACAGCUUCCUCCACGACGGCUCCAUGAUUAACACAGGUGAAGAGAUACGGUCUGCGAUAGAAUACCUAGAAAAACUCGGCCUCCAAACAAAAAGCCAACCCUUCUACAAACUUCCCAAACUCCCCGCAGAUGCCAAACCCGUCAACCCAGUAACACCCCUCCCAGACCCCUGCGAAGCAACCUGGGGCGGCAUCGGCAUCUGGUUCAACUACGGCCACAAAACCAUCAAAUUCCCUCCCACGCGCGAAGCCCGAAAACUCGCAAAGAGCCCGCAGCUCAGCUCAGCGUCUCUCCGAGGCCAGACGAGAGCCAGCCUCGAAAGCGAAGCACCUGCAAUAAUCCAGCUCCGACAUUUCAGAGAGGGGAGAUACGGUCUGCCGAUUACAGAGGCGCGAUUCGAGAGGUAUCGGCCGUUUGGGCUGGCGUUUUGGGAUAAACGGAGAUUGCAGCUGUUGGGGCUUUUAGGGGAGGGGCAACAGAGUGAAAGGGAUCUUGAUUUUUACUGCUUUGCGUGGGAGAGUUUGCUGGAUACUGAGUGGGUGAAGCAUAUCAUGAGGGUGUUGAGACAGGGCGUUGCAUUGGAGAAUGAGACUGAGGGUGGUGCAUCUAUUGAAUCUGAUGAAGAGGAGGAUUCUAAUGAUGAAGAGUGA